GUCAAUUCAUCGAUAAUCUAGGAAAGGAUAAUGUCACAAGAUCCACUAGCUGAUUCAUUCAACAGUGCGUUCAAGCCACAACAAGUUAAGAAAUCUACAGUAGUUGAAUCAAACCCAAGUUUAGAAACUUCAAAUAAUUUCGAAGCUUUAAAGGAAGAAAUACCAAAAUCAGCUGAGGAAGUUGAACAAUCGAAAGCAACAGCUGAUGAGCUCGAGAAGAGAAAAGCAGAGGCAUUAGAGAGAGUUGAAGAGACUAGACAGCUUGAUAUGAAGCAUCAUAGAGAGAGGGAUGAGCAAACCGAUGCACGUAUCAAGGAUGAGGAUUUACCUGAAAUGUUAAAGUCAUCAGUUGAGGAUACUCUAUUAUAUCACGAGAAUUACGCGAAAGAACGGGAAACAAACAGCAGAAAAGAGCAACAAUUAAUCGCUAAGCAAGUUGCAGACGCUGAAAAGAAGAGAAAGCAUGAAGCACCAAUAUUCUCAUCAAUUGACGUUGAAACUAAACGCUUCAAGAGUGAAUCAGGUGAAGAAGUUGAAUCUUCCGCUGUUUUAGUAGAAAAAGACACAUCAAACUCAGAAUUUGAGUUGGUGCAAUCUGACUGGAUUGAAGAUAAAAAGCAAGUCAACAAAUUCCAAGAUAACGCGAACGAUUCACCUACAUUGGCACUCUUUAAGAGAACUUCCGUUAGAGCUGUAUUGGCAGCUGUAGCAGUUAACCUUCUCAUUCCAUUCGUUAAUGGUAUCGCACUCGGAUUUGGUGAAAUUUUCGGUAGAGAAGUCCUAGUAGGAUACUUUGGUUUCGGUAGAAGAUGGUGGACUCGUCUUGAUAGCAGAUCUUCUUUGGGUUCUGCAGGUGCAGGAUUACGAUAGAUCUGGGUAUAUAUAAGCUAUAUUAUAGCAUAUUAUAAGGUAUUUUAUAAGUACAAUAUGCAUAUCUCUUUAUUAAAAGCUUUCUUUUUUGUCUACAUUAUUUAUAUGUCCAUCAUAAC